AUGUCUAAAGCCGUAUUCCGGCUCGAACAACAACAAAUGCACCUGCUAGACCCGAGUUCGGACAGGAGAGAGACAGGGCACGCCAUGCGAUCGGUCUUCACCAGAAACGCGGCUCCUCCCGCGGGACCAUACAGCCAAGCGAUCAAAGCUGCUGGCCAGGUUUUCUGUUCAGGUCAACUACCCACAGACCCGGCGGGCGUAUUGAUCACGGGAACAGUUGCAGAGAAGACAGAGGCAUGUAUUAGGAAUUUGAAGGCAAUUCUUGGAGAGGCCGGAAGUGAACUUGGGAAGGUCAUCUUCCUCUCUGAUAUGCAAUAUUUCCAAGAGAUGAACGCCGAAUACGAGAAAUGGUUCUCGCAUAAGCCCGCAAGGAGCUGUGUCGCUGUGAGGACACUACCUAAGAAUGCGGAUGUUGAGAUCGAAGCGAUUGCCAUACAAUGA